CGAACAGAGGGAGGGAAUGAAAGAGUGAUUGAGAUAGAACAGAGAAAGAGAGAGGGAGGAAAAGAGACGCUCCAGUACUUCAGAGAUCGGACCUUGUUAAGGGGAAACCGGUGUCAUUUCUAAGAAACUCCAGGCACACAGACGGACUUUGGAGGACACAUUUGGGACUAAAAACAUCCAAACUGACUUUGUGCAUUGAAUGCGUGACCAUGACAGCAGCUGUCGAUAUUAAGCCGUUAACUAUAAUAAAAUCUGAAAAAGUAGACGAUCUGGAGUGUGCGGAUGUCCCCUUAUUGACUCCAGGAAGUAAAGAAAUGAUGUCACAGGCUCUUUUGGCCACAUUCAGCGGCUUCACCAGGGAGCAACAGCGACUCUCCAUCCCAAAAGACCCCCGUCAGUGGACAGAGGCCCACGUUAGAGAAUGGUUGACCUGGACAGUAAAUGAGUUCAGUCUGAAGAAUGUGGACUUCCAUAAGUUCAGUUUGGAUGGAGCCAAUCUCUGUGCGCUGGGCAAAGAGCGAUUCCUGGAUCUGGCACCAGACUUUGUGGGCGACAUCCUCUGGGAGCAUUUAGAGAUGCUGCAGAAAGAAGACCCGAAGCAUUUCCCUGUCAGCAGUCUGACUUCCAGUUUCCAGGAAUCCCGCUACCCCUCAGACUACUACUUCAGUAAGCUGGGAGGUCAAGAUUCGUUUGAGAGCAUUGACAGUUUCGAGAGCUGCGACAGGCUGACGCAGUCCUGGAGUAGUCAGUCGUCAUUCAACAGCCUACAGAGAGUUCCCUCCUACGACAGCUUCGAUUCGGAGGACUAUCCCACCGCACUGCACGGACACAAACCAAAGGGUACCUUCAAAGACUACGUACGGGAGCGCUCGGAACUCAGCAAAGACAAACCGGUCAUCCCGGCGGCUGCGCUCGCUGGCUACACAGGCAGCGGACCCAUCCAACUCUGGCAGUUUCUGUUGGAGCUCUUGACAGACAAAUCCUGCCAGUCCUUCAUCAGCUGGACUGGAGACGGCUGGGAGUUCAAGCUUUCUGACCCUGAUGAGGUGGCACGCAGAUGGGGCAAGAGGAAAAACAAGCCCAAGAUGAACUACGAGAAGUUGAGUCGCGGUCUGCGCUACUACUACGACAAAAACAUCAUCCACAAGACGUCCGGCAAGCGCUACGUCUACCGCUUUGUGUGUGACUUGAAAAGCCUGCUGGGAUACACUCCCGAAGAGCUCCACACCAUGUUAGACGUCAAGCCCGACUCGGAUGAGUAAACUUCGGACAAAAGUUUGGAAAAAAAAAGGUCCCCUCACAGACCCUGGAAAGAAAACGGGGCGUCCAUUUUCGGGUCCAAUCACAUUCCAUCUUAACACUUAGUCGUGGUCCAGUCUUGUGUUGAGCUCACAGGGGACGGAAAAAAAAGAAGCAUCGGAACAUUAACCAAAGUUUAGAAUCCGUAGACUUUGCGCGUCUGUAUUGUUUAUAGCUCUGCAGGAAGGGAAAACUCUAAGUUCUGUUUUGACCCAGUAGCACAAACACCAGGAAGGAACAGAGGACAAUUAGAUGGACAUUUCUUGGACUGAACGCUCCUGUUAUUAAACACGUUGCCAAAAUUAGAGACGAGAGGAAUAUCGCGGAAAUAUUUACGAUUGAGUUACUUACUGUUUCUGUCUCCUCGCAUACACAACCACGAGGAAGUGUUCUCAGCCGGACCAAAUUAACAAAAGUUUUUUAUUUGUUUUGAUAGUUUCUUAAAGAUCUAUGUGUGUCAGAAUUAAUUUGUCGUAUUGCGAUGCUGUCCGGACAGAGAUUGCACCAUUUUGUACAUUUCCAUAUGAAGGUUUAUUGAAGUCAAAUUGUGCUUAGAUAGUCUCUCUCCGCUUCUUUUAAGGUCACGGUCGGUUACGGCUUGUUCUUACCACAGUGUCCAUAGCUGAAAACGCAGUUUUUGAUCACCAGAUCAAAAUAGAUACCAGAAUACCGCCCUUUUCAGUUGAAAGAGACGUACCUCAGUCAAACUGAGAGUGUGAGUGAGAGACGCAAAUGAAAGCGGCCGUUGGCUUCUCAACGGUGACACGCUUGUGGUGAAAACGAGGUGUCGUUUUAUCACUUGUAUUGAGACAAAAGACAUCAAACAUUUCUUGCCUCGGUUUCUUUGUACGUGAAUGGUUUUUGCCAAAGCUUUGCCUUAAUAUAGCACAUUGCGUUUAUGAACUUACCGUGUUUUCUCAAGGUUGACUGAAACGUGUAGGUUGGUGACAACUGAAAUGUCACUUAACCGGGCCUCAAACGGUUCGCUGGCAGCGCUAGAAGCCAUAAAGCCGAGACGUUUGAGAAGAGCGAUGUGAGGCCUUUUGACUUUGAGACAGACGUGGCGGCGUUAGCCAUGUUGAAAAGUGCACACUUCAGCAUGCAUCUGGAUUGGCAAAGUAUGUGAGAUGGAUUCUGCAGCAGAAACCAAGGAUCUGUCGGGCUGCGUUUGAUUUUCCUGAUGGUUUGUGAAAGUGUUACUGUUAGUGGCUGAUAUAAUGUUAAGAUUGGAGGAAGACCAGAUCCUGCUGAGACUUAGGGCAGCUUUAAAGAUGAUGAUGUGUGCUGCUACUGGCUAACAAGCGUCACAAGAUCAUAACCGAAAAUGGGAGUACGUUUCAGAAUGGUUUGUUUAAAUGCAGUAUUAUGGACUAUUUUAGUCAUUGCAGGGUGUAACUUAAGCCAGUGUUAUAUUACAGUGUCCAUGAAAUGAAUAACGUACUUUAAAUUGAACUAUUUGCAGAAACUGCACAUGAAAUGUCAAAUCUGUUACCGGUAUUUUCAAUACUUUACAGGUUAAAAAACCGAAUGGCAGCAACAUUCAGUUUGUGUUUUCUUCAGCACAGCAUUUCAGUCUGUGGGAAGGGUCUCGUACACGAGACCUUGUGGGAAAAGCCAAAGUAAAGAACGUUCAUCUAGGAAGACAAAUCGUAUUGUUUACAGUGGCAGAACGCUACCCAUCCUGAUUGGUGUAGCUUUGGAAUUGUAUAUUUUUACAGAUAACAUUUCAUAAAAUGGCUAGAUUAAACCAUAAACUGGGAACACAUUCAUGAGAGCUCAGAAUAAAAGUAUUUAAUUCAGAGAUGAGCGGGUUUCAGUCGCAACCGUCCUGCCGUGAACAACAACAAAAGUGCUACAUCACCUGAACAAUCAGUUUAUAGUGUUAAAAAGUCUCUUUGGAAUAACAAGAAGAAAGCGCGAGUUUGUUAAAGCCACAAAAGAUAGCCAGCAUAACUUUUUUUAUUAUUAUUAUUUGGCAAGGUCCAAAUCAUCAUGCAGUCUUUGCCUUGAUUAUAAAAGUGGUGCAUUUUGUGUGAAAAUGAACACUUUUGACAGAUACAUACAUGCAUAUUCAUAUUGACGAGU